AUGGCAGAGAGGGGCCUACAUGUGAUCAGCACGGACGUGGACGCUGGUGUGAUGGCCUCCAUGGCGCGGCUCCAUGCCUCUCAUCCUCAAUUUGCCGCCCAUCCAGUUGAUCGCAUGGUUGCUGAUGCACGAUGCCUGCCAUUCCGGGGGGUGGUGGAUAUAGUGGUGGAUAAGGGAACCGUGGAUGCUCUGCUGUGCCAGCCACCUUCUAAGGAGUGCAAGUUACAACCGAGUGAGCCUAUGAAGGCGGCAGCUUCAGAGAAACAAAUGGUCAUGCCACUUCAACUUGUUCUUUGGACAGAAGCUGAGAGGAGUGAUGGUGUGACAUCCCUUGCCAGGUAA